ACUGUUUACAACCCGAACCGAAUUAAAACUGCUUAAGAAUAAACUGAAACCGAAUCGAACCGAUAACUAUUUAAACCAAACCAAAACCGACCCGUGAGACAAUUAAACCGAUUCCAAACCGACCCGAUUAAAUACCGAACCGAUUUCAAACUGAACUGAAACCGAACUGUCAAACCGUUUUGACAGUGCUAAUAGGAAGUGUGAAAUAUCUGUUUGGUUGACACUAUGGGAAAUAAAUUCCCAUGGUCAAAUACACCUAAUUAACCCCAAAAUUACCAUCCUCUAUAUCCUCUUCUUUUCUCAAUUUCUCUUUAUCACUCCUCCCCAAUUCUCAAUCUGAAAAUUUCAUCAUCUCUCUUCACCCCUCACCUCCACGGCUCCACCACUACAACCACCACUAAAACAAAAAUCCGAAAUUUUCAUCCACAAAUUAUACUUCUUUCUUUAUGAAUCUCACAAUAUAUUAAAUACCCACUUGAUAUAAUCAAAGUUUGAAGCUUUACAAUUCAAAUUAUACUAUUGAAUUUGGAUGUUAACUUCAAUUGGGUGUCUCAAAGUUUCGAUUUUCAUCAAGGUGGAUGACGAUGAUGGUUAAUAAUGAAGGUGAUGGUGAUGAUUAAGGCAAAAUGAUGAUGAUUAUGGUGGAUAUAAGGAGUAAAUAAGUACAGGAAUUUUGAUUCACCGUGGGAGGAGUCGGUGAAUCAAUUCCUCCAUAUUGUGGGAAUUUCCAUUUCCCAGGAAAUCCCAUCUCCUACAUGAAAAAGGCAACCAAACAACAAUUUACUGUAGCAUUUCCCAGGAAUUUUGAUUUCUACCGAAAUUAACUGUCGACUCCUUAUAUUCUAGUAAAGGAAGUUUACGUGGUCAGCUAUAUAAAACAAGCUUCACGUUACUCACAAAGCCACAAGAUACUAUGUUUAAUUCAUUAUUAAAUUACGUAGUAAGGUAGAAAAACCUAUAGUUUGUUCUCUUCAAUCCUCCCUUAAUCUUCGUUCAUGCUCUCUACAUCCUUCCAAUUUCCUUGUAAACUAUCCAUCUCUCUAUCUACUUCCUUCGUUCCCUUACCAUGUACCUUGUUCGCUGGCGAUCCGCCAGCGAACCGCCUCUCAACAACCUUGUCAAUGCGUUCUUCCUCAUGUUGUUUUUCUUUGCAGCCUACUUCCUACUAUGCUGUUGGAGAGUUAACAUACAUGAUUAUGAAACAGCAACGAUGCCGGUCCCUUUAUCCAUUUCUUUGUUUGAGAUCAUUGUUUUUUUCUCUCUUCUUGCCUCUCUUGUUUACUUCAUUGGGUUCUUCAGCAUCUACUUUAUUCUCCCACGUAAAUCUAAAGUAGAUGCUGAAGAACCCGUGGUCCCCGCCACCUCAGACUAUGUGGAGUCUGUGGUGGCGGUGACUGACAUAUGGAAAACUGAACCUGAGCAAACCACGGGCAGGUCCGUAGAGGGCCUGCCUGUGGAGGGCUUUGACUACGAGGCUGCGUUCAGGCAAUAUCGUGAGAUGGCGGUGGGGUACGUGCAGAUGCCUGUAGGGGUGGUAGGGCCUUUGUUGCUCGAUGGGAAGGAGUAUUAUGUUCCGAUGGCCACGACUGAGGGGUGUUUGGUGGCCAGCACCAAUCGAGGAUGCAAAGCAGUGUACCAAUCCGGUGGGGCUUACAGUAGGGUGUUUAAGGAUGGGAUGACUCGGGCUCCUGUGGCGCGGUUCGGGUCGGCUAAGAGGGCUGCUGAGGUUAAGUUCUUCUUGGAGGAUCCUGGAAAUUUUGAUACCAUUGCUGGCAUAUUUACCAGAUCAUCAAGUGGUAUUGUAAGAUUGCAAAGCAUAAAAAGUACAAUAGCAGGGAAGAAUUUGUACAUGAGGUUUAGCUGCAGCACAGGAGAUGCAAUGGGCAUGGAUAUUGUCUCUAAGGGUGUCCAAAAUGUCCUUGCUCACCUUCAUGCCCACUUCCCCGACAUGGAUGUUAUCAGCAUAUCCGGAAAUUACUGCUCAGACAAGAAACCAGCAGCAGUUAACUGGGUGGAAGGCAGGGGAAAAUCAGUGGUAUCUGAGGCAACCAUAAAGGAAGAAGUGGUAAAAAAUGUGUUGAAGACAAGUGUGGAGGCCUUGGUUGAGCUUAACACCCUCAAAAACCUCGUCGGAUCGGCGAUGGCCGGGGCUCUCGGUGGAUAUAAUGCUCACUCAAGCAAUAUUGUUAGUGCAAUUUUCAUAGCAACAGGCCAAGAUCCUGCUCAAAAUGUAGAGAGCUCAAAUUGUAUUACUAUGCUCGAAGCUAUUAAUCAUGGCAAGGACCUCCAUAUUUCUGUUACCAUGCCUUCUAUUGAGGUAGGCACAGUGGGAGGAGGGACCCAACUAGCAUCACAAGCAGCAUGCUUAAACCUACUAGGAGUCAAAGGGACAAACAAAGAAAAAGAAGGAGAAAAUUCAAGGGUUUUGGCAACAAUUGUAGCUGCUUCUGUUCUUGCUGGAGAGCUCUCUCUUUUAUCUGCUAUUGCAGCUGGUCAGCUUGUUACGAGCCAUUUAAAAUACAACAGAUCUACCAAGCAUAUAUCACAACUUACUUCUGCAUGAUUAACGUUCGCUAAUUGGGAUUAUGGACAAUCUAAUUGAACGUAUGUGAAUAGUACGAAUAAAAAUACAUUAAUAAAAAAAAAAGGUCAAAAUGUUACAUGUAUUAAGAAACGCAAGAAGUAUAUAUAAGAAAGAUGAAAAACCUUUAUAAUUCAAUGUUGUUCUUUUUUAUACAUCAACAAAUGCUUUCAACUUUGGAUUACUAUAUUAGAAUUCCCACUUGAUAAAUCAAAAUGUUCUACCCAAUGAAAAUAAUAAUAGUAGUUAGUUAAAGGGUAAUAAUCAGAAUAUGGAUGAUUUAACUUCACAAUAUACAAGACUAUUAUUUGGUAGCCACCACUGUUUACUUUCUAAUUUUGUUGAUUGUGUUCUAUGCCAGAUAAACUGUACUUUCCCAAAAUUCCAAUUGUAUUCGAACAUAAGCUAGCCCACAUUCUUUAAAUCACCUCCCAUUGGCCAUUUUCCUUUUGACUACUCAAGAGUCAAGAUACUCUCGCAUCCGUAAUUAGAAUUACUUAGCCUAAAUUCUAAAUAUAACUCGGAAAUUGUUGUAAAGAUUUUUGUAAUAUUUUUUAACUCACGUAACUAUGUUUUUUUCUUUUCUUUUCUUUAAGUUAGUCAAAGUAAAAUUUGUGAAUAAUGUUAAGAAACAAAAAAUGGAUGGAAUAUGACUUGUAAUUUCAUAAAUAUUCAAAUUACUAAUAUUAAAAAUAAUUAUCAAAGGUAUUCAGAAUUAUUUUGCCACUUCUUUUUUUUUUUUUUUUUUAAAAAAAAUAAUUAUUUUGCCACUAGAUGAUCUCAACUCUCAAAGUCUCAAGUGGCUUUGUCUCCUUUCCUACGAAAUUCUUCAAAUAAUUGUAACAAAAA